CCUUCCUUAUCCCAGAAAUUGGAUUAUUUGAAGAUGUUACAAAGACAAAAUCUGGGCCAAUUACCUUCUAGUUAUUCAUCAAAAGCCCCUCAAAGAGUCAAUCCAGUGGCUAGUUCUUCUGCAGAAAAAAAUCCUCGGAGGCUACAGAAAAAUCCACUCGCUAUUAGUAAUGCCCAAGUUCAGUCUUUUCUCGAUAUAUACAUUGAAAAAUCUCCUCCAAGUGAAGCAGGACAAGGGGAUGGCACAGCUUCGGAGACUGUGGUGCUUGCAUGCAAGUUGUGCGGUUUUAGAGCAAAUAAAUUCGCACUAAUUCAAAAUCAUCUAUGUUUUUGUAUCACUGGCCAAAGUCUACUCAAAAAAGCCCUUGAGAAAAAUACACAAUCAAGAACUAAACGAGUACCAAAAGCUACACCACCGCCAGUAGCCAAACCACCACCACCAGUAGCCAAACCACCACCACCAGUAGCCAAACCACCACCACCAGUAGCCAAACCACCACCACCACCACUAAAUUUACUACCACGUGGAACUACGAAAACUCAGAAGAUCCAUAGAUCACUUUUGAAUCCAGAAUUCCGAAUGCUUUUUGUCUGCACAUGUUGUGAAUACUCAUCAACUAGCAGAGAAAUUUAUAAUAUGCACCUAUUGGUAUGCCCAAAAGCUAAAAUGAUGCAAUAUAACCAUGCACUGCGACCCAAUGAAACGAAGAAAGUUGAGAAGUCAAAAGAAAAUUCGAAAACUAAUGAAGUGAUUGAUAUAGAUGAUGAACCCACUUCGGAAAAGGCUACCAGUGAUCUGAAUUCUGCAUCGCAGACUGAUACAUCAGUAAAAAAUGGUGUUCACCCAACCAUACCUCCAACAUCUUCGGGUACCGAAUCAUCUGAACUUGAGAAGUUACCUCAAGCAGAGGCGAUGGAGGAGUCCAUGGAAACAGUUUGUGAUUCCAAUACGCAAGGAAAACAAAUUGUGUCCGAUCAAAGUUUGACAACCUCUGAAGCUGAGCUUGGUGACCCGCCUUUGAAUGAAAAUGUAGACACCAAUUCAGACCCGCCAUGUUCCCCAUUAGCUGCUGAUGAACCAGUGUCAGAUACAGAUUCGCAAGUGUCCAAUCAAGAGUUAUUGAAAAGAGAAAAUGAAAGUGAAGAUAUUGCGAUGAUGACUGAAGAUCUACGCUGUAACAUAACAGAAGAAGAAUUGCCUAAGUCCGAUAAUGCUUCAGACUUGACAAAGUGUAAUAAGGAACAAAACUCAUUGCAAAGUGAAAAUAACAAUAGAACGAUACUUUCAGAUGACCAAACUCAGAUGACCAAGAUAACAGAAUGUCAACUGUCCAUGUCUAAUACCUUAGGAAAAAAAGAGCAAUGUGGGGAGAAAAACUUAUUGCAAAACCAAGAUGAGAAUGGUAGUAAAACCGUACUGUCAGAUGAUGAAUACUCCAAGGUAGAAAUAGAACAAAGCCAAAAUAAUGAUAACAAUAUAUCCUCAGAUGAUCAUUACUCCAAGACAGAUGAGAACCAACUGUGCAGUUCAAGUCAAACAGAGGUAACCAAUGAAAAAGAAUCGGUGGAAACAAAAGACCACCUACCUGAAUCUGAUAACAAACAAAACAAGAACAGUAGUAUGAUGCUUCCCUCAGACGAUCAACAUUCCAAGACAGCAGAAGACGAACUGUCUACGUCUGAUAAUUCAUCAGGUCAAACAGAGCCAACAAAUGAAGAAGAAUCAUUGAAAAAUCAAAAUGAGAAAGAGAAAAUGGUGGUGUCCUCAGGUGAUCAGAAUUUAAAUUCUUUAGAAGACCAACUACUUGAGUUUGAAAACUCAAUAGGGGAAACAGUUCAAAGACAAAUGAAGGACAGUGAUAUGACGCUAGUCUCAGAAGAUCAGCAUUCCAAGGCAGCAAAAAGUCCACCCUGUGAGUCUGGUAAUUCGCCAGACCAAACAGAUGCAACUGAUGAAGACGAAGCACUGGAAAAACAGAAUGAGAAUGAUAAUAUGGAGGUUUUUUCAGGCGAUCAGAAUUCUAAUGCUACAGACGACCAACAGCCUGAGUCUGAAAACUCGAUAGAAAAAACAGAUCAAAGCCAAAUGCAGGACGUUGAUAUGACGCUCGUUUCAGAAGAUCAACAUUUCAAGACAGUAGAAAGUCCACCCCCUAAGUCUGAUGAUUCACUAGACCAAACAGAGGCAUCUAAUGAAGAAGAAUCACUGGAAAAACAGUACAAGAAUGAGAAUAUGGAGGUCUCGUCAGGUGAUCAGAAUUCUAAUGUUACAGACAACCAAUUGCCUAAGUCUGAAAACUCGAUAGAAAAAGCAGACCAAAGCAAAAUGGAGGACAGUGAUAUGACGCUAGUCUCAGAAGAUCAGUAUUCCAAGGCAGCAGAAGGUCCACUCUCUGAGUUUGAUAAUUCACCAGACCAAACAGAGGCAACUAAUGAAGAAAAAUCACUGGAAAAAAAGAACGAGAAUGAGAAUAUGAUGGUCUCCUUAGGUGAUCAGAAUUCCAAUGCUAUAGACAACCAACCACCUGAGUCUGAAAACUCAAUAGAAAAAACAGACCAAAGCCAAAUGGAGGACAGUGAUAUGACGCUAGUCCCAGAAGAUCAACAUUCCAAGACAGCAGAAGGCCUACUCUCUAAGUCUGAUAAUUCACCAGACCAAACAGAGGCAACUAAUGAAAAAGAAUCACUGGAAAAAAAGAAUGAGAAUGAGAAUAUGAUGGUCUCCUCAGGUGAUCAGAAUUCCAAUGCUAUAGACGACCAACUGCCUGAAUCUGACAACUUAACAGAAAAAACAGACCAAAGCCAAAUGGAGGACAGUGAUAUGCCGCUAGUCUCAGAAGAUCAACAUUCCAGGACAGCAGAAGGUCUACUCUCUGAGUCUGAUAAUUCAUCAAACCAAACAGAGGCAACUAAAGGAGAAUCUGUAGUCUACUCAGAUGAUCAAAGUUUGAACCCAAUAGAAGACCAACUGCCUCGAUCUGAUAACUCUUUACGAGCUAUUGAGAAAAAACAAUGUGAGAAUGAUAGUGUGACUCUACCCUCUUGUGAUCAAUAUUCAAAUACAGCAGAAGACCAAUUUUCCAAAUGUGAUAAAUCAUCAGACCAAAUGGGGCUAACUAGAGAAGGAGAAUCAAUGGGAAAUCAAAAUGGGAGUAUAGGUUUAUCCUCAGAUAGUCAACAUUUCAAGCCAGCAGAAGACCAACUGUCUAAAUCGAGUAAUUCACCAGACCAAACAGCUAAAGAAGCAGAAUCAUUGAAAAAUAAGAAUGAGAACAAGGUUUCUUUCUCAGAUGAUCAACAUUUAAAAGCAGCACAAGAUCAACAAUCCAAGUCAGCUACAGAGUCAUCAAGAGAAACCGACUUAAUCAAGGAAAGUGAAUCGUUAAUGAACCGAAAUGAGAAGAGUACAAUGACGAGACUCUCAGAUGAUCAUAAUUUUGAUCACACAGAGAACCAAUCAUCCAAGGCUCAUAAUCCACCACACCCAACAGAGCAAUCUGGCAAAGAAUCUUUCUCAGAUAAAGGAACAACUUUGACGUGCGGAUCAACUUGUGAAUUGAUUGUGAACGACAAAACCUCAACAGAAACACCUUCUGAUGUAGUGAAUGAGACAGAUGAUGAACUGCUAGAAAUAUUUGUUUUAUUUUGCGAUUCAGAGACUGGCGAUGAUGUAUCCUUGUCAGAUAUACCUCGAGACCCAUUAUACUUUGACGAGUCUCUUUUGGAUGGGCCAUUAAUUCAGGAACCCACAGACAAACAACUAUCAACAAGUUCUACAUGUUCUGCUGUUUCAAAAGAUGAAAUAAAACCUACAAGCAAAAAUGUGAAACUAGAUAAAGAGCUUGUGAUAUAUCUGACUAGGGAUUUUGUAGUUGAAAAUAAUGAAAUCUAUCAACAGAAAAAAAUGUUGGUUAUAUCAAAAGAAACAGAAACAAUAAAGAAAAAAACAUUUAAAGGAGGAUAUCCUAUGAACACAAAUGGGAAUUCUUCAUCUACUGAAUCUGGUGAAAAAGAUGGUCAAAAUACUAGAGAUGAAUCGACAAUGGAGAUUUCGGCUAGGCAAACGUCUGAUGAUGAUGAUGAUGAUGAUGAGACUCCCAUGGACACGAUGGAACAUUCGGAUAUAUCUGAAGCAGAUGAGGAGCCCCCACCAAUCGACAAAUCUACAGAGUUGGUGAAGAGUUCUUCAACCAAAGUGAGUGAUAAAAAAUCUAAGCUUCCAGAAAAAGCUAAAGGCAAUUUGAGUGGAAAAACAUGUGAAGAUGAGUCCCCAGUGGAAGUUGCAGAGUCUCUAGCAACCGAAAAAAUUAAACCAGCAAAUGAAACUGAUGACAAAAUGGUAAAUACUACGUUCACAAAAAGUGCUGAUGAAACCACAAAGAAGGCUUGUUUUCCAUCAUCUUCAAACACAUAUUUGAGAAGAACAACAGAGAAGCUUGGAUCCAAGAUGAAACCACUAGUAGUUCCUAAAAUUGAAAUACCUAAAGAUCUUGCAAUUUUUAAAUGUGAUUCUUGUUCUUUCAAUACCAGAAACCAUUUCAGAAUGGAGAACCACGUUUUGUCGCAUUUUUCACAGUUCAUAAAAAAUAAAGAAUAUUUGUGUGAGAAAUGUAGAGUUAGUUAUGGGACUGUGGGACUAUUCUAUGAUCAUCUCAAAAUGAGACACACUACGUUCAACUACAAAGUAUUCUUCUGGUGUGUGAAUUGUGCUUUAGUUUUCAGGCAGAAACCUGACCUGACUGCACAUUUACGUAAAUGUCUUAACAAAGAUAAAAUUGUGAGGUUGUUCAAAAGCAAUCUUUCCAUUUUUUGUAUGAUGUGCGAGUACGAGACAAAUGAUGUGAAUCAUGCGAAAACUCAUCUUCAACAGUGCCGCCAAAAAAAUGCAUUUGUGAUUCCAGAUGUUAUUGAAAUUGAUUAGAGUAUUUUUUUUCUCACAAAGAAUGUUUGUAAUAUAUGAAGCCAUCAAGUGAAGUGACUCGCGAUAUCAGUGUUGCCUCUGAUUGGCAUUGAAUAUUUUUUUGUAUUCCUGGACCAACUGAAAAUUCAGAUAUGCUUUGUGUUACCGAGGUACAAAAAAUCGUGUAAAUAAUAAUAGUGAAACUAUCUUUCAAGAAUACCAAAAAGGUGCUACCAUUUUGAGAAAAAGAAAACUAUUAUUUGACAAUUUCAGAAGUGUACAGAAAUGUACAGAUCUAUAAACUUGACUUUCCCAUUAAAAUGUUUCAAGGUAAUAUAUUUUGUACUAAAGGUAAAAUGUAUAGUGGUUUUUCUUAAAUAAUUACUCUUUCGAGAUAUUAAUUCUGAUGAAAUAGGGAGAGGUAUUAUUUAUUUUCUUGAUACAGGUCAAUUUAAUAUCAAUUUUCACUAUUGGGGCAUUCAAAUAGGAAAGAUAU